CAGCGUGAAUGCAUCUCUCUUCAUGUCGGACAAGCUGGUGUCCAGAUGGGCAAUGCCUGUUGGGAGUUGUACUGUUUGGAGCACGGUAUCCAGCCUGACGGACAGAUGCCAAGUGACAAGACCAUUGGAGGUGGUGAUGAUUCCUUCAACACAUUCUUUAGCGAGACUGGUGCUGGCAAGCACGUCCCUCGUGCUGUGUUCGUCGAUCUUGAACCAACCGUGAUCGACGAGGUCCGUACUGGUACCUAUCGUCAGCUUUUCCAUCCAGAGCAGCUGAUCACCGGCAAAGAAGAUGCCGCCAACAACUACGCUAGAGGACACUACACAGUCGGAAAAGAAAUCAUAGAUCUAGCAUUGGACAGAAUCCGCAAAUUGGCGGACCUCUGCACUGGCCUCCAGGGCUUCCUGAUCUUCCACAGCUUUGGUGGUGGCACUGGAUCUGGUUUCACAUCACUUUUAAUGGAGCGACUGUCAGUUGAUUAUGGAAAGAAAUCCAAGCUCGAGUUCGCCAUCUACCCAGCACCACAAGUUGCCACCGCUGUUGUCGAGCCAUACAAUUCUAUUCUAACCACUCACACAACGCUCGAGCACUCAGACUGUGCCUUUAUGGUCGACAACGAAGCUAUCUACGACAUCUGUCGAAGAAACCUUGACAUCGAAAGACCAACAUACACCAACCUGAAUCGUCUAAUUGGCCAAAUUGUGUCUUCCAUUACCGCGUCUCUUCGAUUCGAUGGUGCAUUGAACGUAGAUUUGACUGAGUUCCAGACCAAUUUGGUACCCUAUCCACGUAUCCACUUUCCUCUCGCCACAUAUGCUCCCGUAAUCUCAGCCGAGAAGGCUUAUCAUGAGCAGCUUACUGUGUCAGAAAUCACUAACUCUUGCUUUGAGCCAGCCAACCAGAUGGUGAAGUGUGAUCCACGUCAUGGUAAAUACAUGUCUUGCUGCCUGUUGUAUCGUGGUGACGUCGUGCCAAAGGAUGUCAACGCAUCUAUUGCUACCAUCAAAACCAAGAGAACAAUCCAGUUU